CUUUCAGUUUCAAACAAAAGGGGUCAAUACUAGACUUAGCACUAAAGCCAAGAGAGAAAGAGAGAGACCAAAUACAAAGUGAAAGACCAAGAAGCACUGAAACAAUGAUGGAGUCUUUGGAUUGUUGUAGUACUAGUGUUUGUGUUUAAGUUGUGUAGUGGGGUACUACCAUUCUCAUGUGUGACUAAGAGAGAGAGAGAAAGAGAGUUUGUACUAGUUUCUUCUUCUUCUAAGCUAGUUACAAGUUUCCUGGCAGAGGACAUGCACAGGUAAGUGGAUUAUUAUUCUUAGUGAUAAGCCUUUAGCCAUAGUGUAAGGAAAAGAAUGAAGUGUUUAUGUGAGAAGGACCCUGGUCUAUGUUCUGCUCAUCCAUCAUCCACCCAUGUUCUUGGAGGCCCAUCAUGGGCAACUUCUUCUGAAUCUGAAGUCCCACAUUCCUCUAUCUCCAACAGUUUGAGCUUGAAAGUGGAUGUUCUGCCACAGCAAUGCCACAAGAGCAAGGCACUGAGUUUUCAAUUCCAAGAACAGGAUUCAUCUUCAUCUCAAUCAUCUGGUCAAUCUUAUCCCGAAGAUGGAUCUGCACAAUCAGGUCAAAUUUCUUUCCAGCAUAGUUCUUCUACUGGUUCCGCAUUUAGCAACGCUGAGGGGAAGAGUAUGGGAUACCUCGUCAGGUCAUCUAUGGCGAGUCGGGAUUUCACCUACCCUCCAGUACUGGAUCACAGCCAAGCACUUGCUCAUGCUGCAUUCUACUAUGCUGAUCCAUGCUAUACUGGGGCAGCAUAUGCCCCGCAGUCUAAGAUUCAUCAUGCCCAGCUUAUGGGAACUGGUGUUCGAGUCCCUCUGCCAUCUGAUUAUACAGAAGAACCCAUAUACGUGAAUUCAAAGCAAUACCAUGCUAUUCUGAGGCGAAGACAGUAUCGAGCUAAACUUGAAGCGCACAACAAACUCAUCAAGGAUCGGAAACCUUAUCUUCAUGAGUCCCGCCAUCUACAUGCAUUGAAGAGAGCUAGAGGUGUUGGCGGCCGCUUCCUCAACACUAAACAACUCGAAGAAUCAAAGCUUACUUCACCAAACCACGGCCUUAAAUUUUCCGGCUCUACUCGUUUGAAUUUGAGUGGAAAUGUGCCAGAAUCUAAUGAAACCCAUCAUCAGGUAAAAAAUAACAGAGUUGGCGUUUCCACCUCCAACUAUUUUGAUGUCACAUAUGCAUCUAAUAAGAAUGCAAUUUUCCAUCAACAGGACUCAGAUUUCAGGUUAUGCAGUUACCCUUCUCACACUGGAAGGAACAUGCAGGAUUAUACCGUCGAUAAGGGCGGUGGUGGUGCGAAUCAACGCCGACUAUCUGUCCUCAUGUGAUGUGACAGACUUGAAUGUGGAACACUUCAUAUCAUGGUGGCUGUGGUUCUUCUUCAUUCAGUUGGAGAUAACUGCAUGUGUUCCAUUGGGAAGUCAUCCUUGGCUCAUAUUUAUUAUAUGUUGGUAUUUGUUUGUUUUGAUUUUACAGGACAUUGAUGUGGACAUCAUGUUUUGCUAGUUGUUGUGUAUCCUAGAAUUGUUUGGGUAAAGAAACAAGUACAAGUAGUUAUUAAACUGAGUUGUCAAAAACAAUGAUUUUCUAUGUUGAUGUCAUGUUUGUAACAUGUCUUGUUGAAUUGGGAAUGGUUUAAAUUGUUGGUCUCUA